AUUUUAUUUCCCCAUUUCAGAUAACGGCAGUAAAGCAAGAGUCAGCAGGCCAGGCAAGGCCAAUGAUGCUUUAUAAUUCUGAUACAAAUUUAGAGAUAAAAUGUCAUCAAAAGCAGUCCUUCCACCAAGUCGGCUCAGGAGAUCAUCCCCAGAGGCUACAGUUCACCUUCUGCAGAAGAAGCUGGAUGUCGCCGAAAAGGAGACGGUUGGCCUUGUUCAUAGGCUGGCUGAGCUGGGUUUCACUGGUUCUAGCAGAGUGAAAGGCGGAGGUGGAGAAAAGAAAGGCGAUUCACUGAUCAAUUCACCUGAGCCUAUCCAGCCUUUCAUUCCCAGGUCGGCUGAAACGGAGGUGCUUCAUAAGAAUUACCAGACUCUUGUUGCAAGGUUGUGCCGAAAUGAGAGUCAGAUUCAGACGCUUCGACUUAACUUUUGUUCUAUGCAGACUGCCAAAGACCUGGCCAAGAAAGAAGCGGGGACAUUGAAAGAGCAGGUUGAUGUACUGGCAGAGACCCACCAUGCUGAAGUGGGCCGACUGGAGGCAGAGCUAGAGAAGGCCAAGAAGGAGUGUAGCGACCUGGCCGUUGCAAGAAAAGCCUCAGAAGAAGAAGCCAGGAGACUCCAGGCUGCCUUGAAAGAUGCCACAUUUACCAAGUCAGACUUCUCUGUUGGAUAUGAAGACAUUCAAAUUGCAAAACAAAAACUUGCAAAGAGAGUCAAUGAGUUGAGAGAAGAAUUAGGACGAGAGGUGAGUCUCCGUGGAAGCUUGGAAGAGUCACAUGCUACACUACUACAAAGAAUAUGUGAUACAGAAUCUAUACUAGAAAAUGAGAGAAGAGAGGUACAGUCUUUAAAUGAAAACUGCAUCGAGCUACGACAUGAGGGUGCAAGAUUACUGGAAGAGAAAAAUCAGGAAAGCGCAAGAAGGAAAGCUAUAGAAGAGGCUCUGAAUAUGCUAAAAUCUGAACUAGCAUCCAAAGAUGGAAAAAUAGGAGAGCUACUAGAACAGAAUAAGGUGUUGGCAUCAUCUCUUGCCGCCUCUAAGAAGACAUCCAGUGAUCUACACUCAGAGGUAGAAAAGCAAGCCAAGUUGGUCAUAGAUACACAGACAUUACUUGUCCAAGUUCAAUCAGAAAGGGAGAGCUUACAGGAGAUAGCCCAGAAAAAUACACCUCAGCUUUCUCAGGAAGAGCUAUCCAUUGUUGCUGACUUGGAAUCGAGAAUAAACCUUCUUGAAAAACAGAAGCAGGAAUAUGAAUCCCGAAAUACUCAGGAAAGAAACAGCAAACAAAAUGUGCAGAGUUCCAGCUCAAGGUUAGAGGAGCAGCUGAUCUCGGUCAAGCUGAAACUGAGUGAGCAAGAAACCAAACAUCAAAACGAGGUGGCCACUUUGGAACAUGCUGUCAGUCUCUUAAAAGAUGAACUGACUGUAGCACAAAGAGAAAAGGAAGCUGUACUGAAAUCAAAGGACUCGCUAAUGGAUGAGGUGAAUCAAGCAGUUGAUAGUAUGGCAGAAGAAAGGCGAUCAGUUCAAGAGAAGAUCAUGCAAGCCCAGGCUGAGAUAACAAAUUUGACAAGACACAAAGACGCUACAGAGCAAGACAAUACACAACUGAGAGAGAGGAUAGCAAUCCUUGAACAACAUCAGUCUGCCCAUCAGAAAGUGGAAUCAACCAUCACUGAGUUGCUAGACAGUAAGAACAGGUUAGCCUAUGAGAAGGGGCAACUCCAAAAUAGGGUAGAACAACUUCAGAGGGACAUGCGAAGUAUGGAAAAUGUUCAUGCAGAUGCGAGUAAGCUGAAAAAUAUCAACAGUGAUCUGGAGGCAAAGCUGAGGGAGGCAAAGCGUGAACUAACUGAAGCAAAGCAGAACUUUCAGCAUGUGGAGAAUGUUUUGAAACAGGAGCAAGCCAAUGCAGGCAGAAAAGAAGAGGAUUUUAGACUUGCAAUUCAAGCUAGAGAUACUGCAUUAAAAGAUGCAGAGAAAGUCAGAGGAGAACUUGAAGCCAUCAAGCUCAGAGAAAAGCAGAAGACAACCACCCUUCAGAAGAACCUCUGUGAAGCCAGGAGCGAUCACAGCAAAAUGGCCACCACGCUUGAAACCAUCAUGACAUCACAUGGUCAGCUUCAGGUUGUCGUGGAAACCUUCCAAACGGAGAUGGGUCAGAGGGAUCAUGAGCUAGCUGCUCUCAGACAAGAAAGACAAAGUCACAAAAGAUCCAUGGAGAAGAUGCAGAGGGAGGUCACUAGAUUACAGGAACAACUCACUGCCAUGGAGACAGCUGACUCUAACCAGCUCGCAAGCUUGAACGUCGACCUCACCAAAGCUGCCCAGUCCCAAACCAAAAUGGCCACCAGAUUACAAGAGGCCUUAGCAACCAUCUCCAAGCAACAGGUUGCUAUGGAAGCUCUUCAGGGUCAAUUAGACAAAAGAGCUGCCCAAUAUCAGAUCCUCUCAGAUACAAGACAACAUGAAAAAGACGAGUCCCAUCAGAUUAAAGAAGAACUGGCAGGAAAGAUUGAGUCACUCAAACAACAGCUGAGAACAACCCGAGACAGCAAUCAUAAGAAACUCACCCUUGAGUUGACGGAACUCAGACAAACUCAUACAGACUCAAAAUCUAAAGCCGAGAAGCUUGCUAAAGAAAAUAAAGAACUCCUAGGAAAACUAGAGGACCUGGAGCAGAAGCACUCCAAGCUCAAAAUUAGACUUGCCAGUCAGAAGACUCAGUUGGAUCAAUCCAGGAACACACAACGGGCCAACAAGGAUCUAGAAUCCAAGCUGCUCCAGAUCCAGGACCAGCUUAAAGAGAUGGAACAGACCAAGACCGAGUACGCCACCAAGAAUCGGGACCAGUCCAGGACCAUUGCGAGCUUCAUGGAUCAGAUGUCGGGGCUUCAAAGGGAACUGGAGAGUCUCUCUGAGAUACAGAAAGAAGAAUCUGAUCAGUCAAGGGAUAAAGUUCUGAAGUUGGAGAAGGAUGCUGAGAAAGCUAUUCGUAUCCAGAAAGAAAACGCAAAACUAAAGAAACAGCUGAGGGAAAUGGAGGAAAAGAAGUUCGCUGCGGAGGAAAAACUUGCUGAAGCCAGCAAUGAAUCCCUCCAGAUUUCCAACCACCUCCAGGAGGCCCAUAACUGGUUCCAGUCUCGGUAUAGCAGUCUUCAGAAAGCUCUCAGCGAGACAAAAAAGAAGCAAGCCCUGCUGGAACAGACAGCUGCGGAACAACAGAGGGAGCUCUCCCAAGAGAGGCUGAAGUCUGAGGCUCAGACCAAGAAAGCUGAAGAGAUGAUCAGGGCCAGUCGUCAAGCUCUUAACCAAUUAGCCAACCAAGCGGAGGUAGACCAACUGGAGACCAGGACACAGAUGCACAAUCUUGCCAUGCGGGUACAAGCAGAGAGGGAUCAUGCUACGUAUGCUGAUCAAAAGAUGCAGAAAUUACUGAAUACCAGUGCUGAAUUAGUAGAAGAUCUUGCUCUUGAGUUGGACCGAUCCUACAGCAGUAUGCGGCCUUGAGUUGGACUGGUCCUACAUCAGCAUGUGGCCUUGAGUUGGACUGGUCCUACAUCAUUAUGCAGCCUUGAGUUGGACUGGUCUUACAACAGUAUGUGGCCUUGAGUUGGACUGGUUCUACAUCAUUAUGCGGCCUUGAGUUGGACUGGUCCUACAACAUUAUGCGGCCUUGAGUUGGACUGGUCCUACAACAGUAUGCGGCCUUGAGUUGGACUGGUCUUACAACAGUAUGUGGCCUUGAGUUGGACUGGUUCUACAUCAUUAUGCGGCCUUGAGUUGGACUGGUCCUACAACAGUAUGCGGCCUUGAGUUGGACUGGUCCUACAACAGUAUGCGGCCUUGAAAUGGACUGGUCUUACAACAGUAUGCGGCCUUGAGUUGGACUGGUCCUACAACAGUAUGUGGCCUUGAGUUGGACUGGUUCUACAAAAGUAUGCAGCCUUGAGUUGGACUGGUUCUAAAACAGUAUGCGGCCUUGAGUUGGACUGGUUCUACAUCAUUAUGCGGCCUUGAGGUGGACUGGUCCUAUAACACUAUGUGGCCUUGAGUUGGACUGGUCCUACAACAGUAUGCGGCCUUGAUUUGAAGUGGUCGUACAGCAGUAUGGGCCUUGAGUUGGACUGGUCAUACAACAGUAUGCUGUCUCGAGUUGGACUGGUCCAACAGCAAUUUUCAGUCGUGAGUUGGACGGGUUCUACAACAGAAUGCGCCCUUGAAUUUGACCAGUCCUACAGGAAUAUGCGGUCUUGAGUUGGACUGGCCCAAUAGCUGUAUGCAGCUCUGAGUUAGACCGGUUCUAUAGCUGUAUGCGAACUUGAGUUCAGCCCGUCCCACAACAUUAUGCGGCCAUGAUGAUAUUCCUAUCAUUGUACCUCAUGCCUCAUAUUCUAAAAAAUGGUAAAAAUACCAUAGUUACAGUUAAAAACCAAAGUGAAAAAUUUGCUUGGAAUGUUGCUUGUAAUGUGUGGAUUUCUCAUAUAUGUGUACCAUUUUGCAGCUGUGCAAAGCCUUUAUUUUGGUGCUCUGAUGUGGUUGAUGUGAAGAGAAUGCUGCCAUCAUUUGCAUAAGUUCAAUAUCUCUCUUUCAAAUGCAAUAGCUCAAAUUGAUUCAUGCGGAAUAAUCUAAUGGCUAAUGCUGAAGCCAGUUUGAAUUACAAAGACUCAAGUAAAUUAUUGAAUAAUUAGAUAAAUCAAUUAGUAAUAAAUCUGUGAAUUAGUGAGUGAAUACAUAGAUGAAUAAAUGAUAAAUAAAUUAAUGAAAGAUGGAAAGAAAAGUUGAUGCAUGGAUGGAUGAUUGCAUGCAUGGAUCCAUGAAUGAAUGAAAUGUUGAAAUAGAGACAAUACUUGAAAUACAAAUUUAUAGAUAAAUUAUUUAUUUAUGUAAAUUGUUUUAUUGUGCCAAAUCAACUUACUAUGCAUCAUAUGAUUAAUAUGCCAUACACCACCUAAAAUUAAUAUUCUCCAUAUUCAUGGAUCUUUAAGAAUUGUUUAUCUUUUCGCAGCUGUUUUCCCCCUUAAAUAUUAUUGCCCACUUUAAUUCAGAGUUUAUUGUAUAAUGCUGACCCCAGAUUUGUGAAAAAGAACUGGAAAUUACUGUAGUGAAAUAACAUUAGUGGAGCCAGCUAAACUCACUGUCCCAGGAAAAGACACCUUGCCCUCUUUGGCCAUUAAUAUAGUGCUUUAUACAAUGGCCCGUAUUCUGAACUCGUGUGUAAAUUAAACCUUGGUUUAAAGUUACGGUUUAAGUAUGGAGAGCUAAAUGGCGCACAAAUCACUAACAAUACACAUCCAAUUUAAUAACUUAAAAUCUGUUCAUAAUUGUUCAUAAUUGUCUGGGAAUGAUAACUGAAGUAUUUUUCUUCAUUACAAAAGCAAAAGAAAGCGAA